AUGUCUGAAGGCUUUGGCAGUGGGCGACGAGGGAGCCGACGAGGACGCCGAGAGACGACUGCCCUGUACGAGACAACUUUCCCUGUUCCUUCUCUAUCUUUUUUCUUUCGUUCUUUCUUUUUCUUUCUUCCUUCAGAUUUAUAUUCAUCUAUCUAUUACUCUUUCAAACCAGGUAACAACAUUUCUUUUGCUAAGAGAUAUUUGAUUGAACAUUUCAGUUCUUCACAUCUAUCUAUCUAUCUAUCUAUCUAUCUAUCUAUCUAUCUAUCUAUCUAUCUAACUAUUGAUGCAAAGAUUGUCUUUCUUGUAGCGUUGUCAUUAUCGCUAGCCAUUUAUCUCUUUUCUUGCAACAAAGUAUAUUUCUUCUCCCUUCCUUUUCGUGUACGCUAUUGUCUUUCUUUCUUUCUUUCUUUCUUUCUUUCUUUCUUUCUUUCUUUCUUUCUUUCUUCUUGCAACCCCGUAUCUUUCUUCUUCAUUCCCUUUCCGUCUACUCUAUCGUUUUUCUUUCUUUCUUUCUUUCUUUCUUUCUUUCUUUCUUUCUUGUUAUUUCUUGGAGCCUACUCUUCUUUCUUUCUUUCUUUCUUUCUUUCUUUCUUUCUUUCUUGCAACCCCGUAUGUUUCUUCUUCAUUCCCUUUCCGUCUACUCUAUCGUUUUUUUUUUUCCUUCUUUCUUUUCUUUCUUUCUUUCUUUCUUUCUCUUUCUUUCUUGCAACCCUGUAUAUUUCUUCUUCAUUUCCCUUUCCGUUUUCUUCUUUCUUUCGUUUUUUCUUUCAUUCUUUCUUUCAUUCUUUCUUUCUUUCUUUUUUCUUGCAACCCCGUAUAUUUCUUCUUCAUUUCCUUUCCGUCUACUCUAUCGUUUUUUUCUUUCUUUCUUUCUUUCUUUCUUUCUUUCUUUUUUCUUUCUUUCUUUCUUUCUUUCUUUCUUUCCCCGUAUCUUUCUUCUUCAUUCCCUUUCUUCUUCGUUUUUUUUCUUUCUUUCUUUCUUUUUCUUUCUUUCUUUCUUUCUUUCUUUCUUUCUUUCUUUCUUUUUCUUUCUUGCAACCCUGUAUAUUUCUUCUUCAUUCCCUUUCCGUCUUCUCUAUCGUUUUUCUUUCUUUCUUUCAUUCUUUCUUUCUUUCUUUCUUUCUUUCUUUCUUUCUUGCAACCCCGUAUAUUUCUUCUUCAUUCCCUUUCCGUCUACUCUAUCGUUUUUCUUUCUUUCUUUCUUUCUUUCUUUCUUUCUUUCUUUCUUUCUUUCUUUCUUUCUUGCAACCCUGUAUAUUUCUUCUUCAUUCCCUUUCCGUCUUCUCUAUCGUUUUUCUUUCUUUCUUUCAUUCUUUCUUUCUUUCUUUCUUUCUUUCUUUCUUUCUUUCUUUCUUGCAACCCCGUAUAUUUCUUCUUCAUUCCCUUUCCGUCGACUCUAUCGUUUUUCUUUCUUUCUUUCUUUCUUUCUUUCUUUCUUUCUUUCUUGCAACCCUGUAUAUUUCUUCUUCAUUCCCUUUCCGUCUUCUCUAUCGUUUUUCUUUCUUUCUUUCAUUCUUUCUUUCUUUCUUUCUUUCUUUCUUUCUUUCUUGCAACCCCGUAUAUUUCUUCUUCAUUCCCUUUCCGUCUACUCUAUCGUUUUUCUUUCUUUCUUUCUUUCUUUCUUUCUUUCUUUCUUUCUUUCUUUCUUUCUAUUUAUUUUCUAUCUUUUCAAGAGUUAAUUUCUCAUUACUUUUAAUCUUUUUAUUCCUUCUUUCUUCAGUGUAUUUCUUUUUCAUUCUUUUCAAUUCUUUUUUCCUUCCUUCCUUCUUUCUUUAUUUCUUCUAUUUCAUUGUCUUUCUUUCAUUCACAUUAUUUUCAAAAUUUUCAAUUGUUUCUUCUUUAUCUGUCUAUAUUUCUGUGAUGAGGUAUUCUUCAGAUACCUGCCUUCGUUGUGUAUUUUUUUCUCGUUAUUUUCUUUCUUUCCAUUUGUUUGUUUAUUUGUUUGUUUGUUUCUUUCUCAUUAUAUUCCUCCUUUUUAAUUCUUUAAUUCUCUUUAUUUUCAUUCCCUUCAAUUUUUCUUUUUUCUUUUUUUUUCUUUCUUUCGUUCUUUCUUUUACGGGUUUAUCUUUCUUUCUCAUUAUUUUCCUUCUUUUCUAUACUUUAUUUUCAAUCCCUUUAAUUCUUUCUUUCUUUCUUUCUUUCUUUCUUUCUUUCUUUCUUUUCUUUCUUUCUUCCAACACUUUAUUUUCAAACCCUUCGAUUUUUCUUUCUUUUUUUCUUUGUUUCUUUUUUCUUUCCUUGUUUCUUUCUUUGUUUGUUUCUUUGUUUUUUUCUUUGUUUCUUUCUUUCUUUCUUUCUUCCAAGUACGGCAUUAUCUUUCUUUCUUUCUCAUUAUAUUCCUCUUUUUCAACACUUUAUUUUCAAACCCUUCGAUUUUUCUUUCUUUCUUUCUUUCUUUUUUCUUUCUUUCUUUCUUUCUUUCUUUCUUUCUUUCUUGUACGGUAUUAUCUUUCUUUCGUUCUCAUUAUUUUCUUUCUUCUAAAUUCUUUCUUUUUCGUUACUUUCAAUUAUUUCUUUCUCUCUCUCUUUCUUUCUUUCUUUCUUGUACGAUAUUAUCCAUUUUCUUUCUUUCUUAUUAUUUUCUUUCUUUUAAAUUCUUUCUUUUUUAUUAUUUUCAAUUAUUUCUUUCUUUCUUUUCCUUUCUUUCUUUCUUUUUUCUUUCUUUCUUUCUACCUUCUAUUGUAUUAUCCUUUUUCUUUUUUUCUUUUUCAAUAUUUUCUUUCUUUUCAAUAG